AUGCUUCCCUCACACUUGGAUGAGCCUCCUCCAGCACUGAGUGUGCACCCAGGGCUAGAGGAGGUUUCAGGGCUGCUUGAGCGCCCGGUACUGCCCCCACCUGUGGCCGUUGACACUGCCAGCUACAAGAUCUUCGUGUCCGGGAAGAGUGGUGUGGGCAAGACGGCACUGGUGGCCAAGCUGGCUGGCCUGGAGGUGCCCGUGGUGCACCAUGAGACCACCGGCAUCCAGACCACCGUGGUGUUUUGGCCGGCCAAGCUGCGGACCAGUGACCGUGUCGUCCUGUUCCGCUUUGAAUUCUGGGACUGCGGAGAGUCUGCGCUGAAAAAGUUCGAUCACAUGCUGCCGGCUUGCAAGGAGAAUGCCGAUGCCUUCCUCUUUCUCUUCUCCUUCACUGACCGUGCCUCCUUCGAAGACCUUCCUGGACAGCUGGCCCGUGUAGCCGGCGAGACCCCUGGUGUUAUUAGGAUGGUCAUCGGCUCCAAGUUUGACCAGUACAUGCACACGGACGUGCCAGAGCGCGACCUCACGGUCUUCCGACAGGCCUGGGAGCUGCCCCUGCUGAGGGUGAAGAGCGUGCCGGGGCGGCGACUGGCUGAUGGGCGCACGCUGGAUGGGCGGGCUGGGCUGGCUGACAUUGCCCACGUGCUCAAUGGCCUCGCUGAGCAGCUGUGGCUCCAGGACCAGGUGGCAGCUGGCCUGCUUCCCAACCCCCCCAAGAACACCCCUGGGGGAAAGGUGGUGACAUCAUGAGUGGGCGCCUGUGACCCCCACCCCCAACCCUUAGGUGACCCGGGUGGAAGAUAGGAUCUGUGGCCUAAGGCUGGGGCAGAAUUUUUCAUCCCAUCCUGAGGACUGGCCAGAGAGGCCCAGGCAUGGAGGACACAGCCUGAGGAGGCCCCUGCCCAGGACCCUGUCUUUACAGAACUCAUGGUGGUGGGUCCCGGGAACACAAGGCCCCCCACUGCCCUGCCCCUUCGGCAGCCCCCGUGGAGGGUGACUGGGGAUGGGGUGCCGCAGAGGGCCCUGGGUCUCCGGUGACUUCAGUGAAGAGCUUGUGUUGGAUGGGGUGGAACCAUCUGGUGUAACAGAUAAACCCUGGCAUCCAUAGAA